UGUCGGGUUCAGACUCGCGCGCGCUGUCAUGUAGAGCUGAGGUGGGCUGAGGUUUCAUACAGACUGGAAGAGAUUGUCGGGGGGUUUGAGGAUGUUUUUACUCGUUCUGUUAUCAGCUCUGCUCCUGUGUGGAUGCGCACAGUAUUCCAGCGACCAGUGCAACUGGAGAGGAAGCGGGCUCACACACGAGGCUCACUCUCGGGACGUGGAGCAGGUGUACCUGCGCUGCGCCGAAGGCUCUCUGGAGUGGCUCUAUCCCACAGGAGCCGUGAUCGUGAACCUGAGGCCCAACCUGCUGCCGGCGGAGGCUGCCCUGAGCGCCUGCGUCAAGCCGCGGCCGGACUCUCGCGGGGCCAGGCUGUACGUGGAGCGGGCCGGAGCGCUGCGGCUGCUGCUGACCGAGCAGGACCUGGCGGCCGGACGCGUGCGCUGCUUCGCUCUGCGGGAGGGGGCGCUGUUCAUGGAGGCGUCCGCCCGCCGGGACAUCGGCCGGAGAAUCACCGCCUUCCAGUACCAGCUCAUCUCCACACACACAGCCGCAUGCAGACCCUGCGCUGACGACGAGCUGCUGAUGGCCAUCUGCACCAGCGACUUCGCGGCGCGCGGCAGCAUUCAUCGUGUGGAGGAGGAGGAGGAGGAGGAGGAUGAAGAGCAGGCGUCGGCGGUGCUGUCGCUGAGUCACGUGUACCGGCAGAAGAGCCGCGUGUUCGUGUCCGGCGGGGGCCGCGGGCGGUGGACGGGGCGGGUGAAGGUCCCCCGGCGCUGCGGGCCCCGAGCGGGACAGGGGGACUUCCUCUUCACGGGGGCCGUGAGGUUCGGCGAGGCCUGGCUGGGAUGCGCUCCUCUUUAUAAAGACUUCAUCAGGGUGUACCGCACGGCUCUGGACGAGGGAACCAACCCCUGCGCGUGGACACGGACUGAGAGACCACACGCUUCAUCCCCAAAUCACAAGACAUGA